AGGAGGAAGAGUUUGGACGCACUGCGGAGGGGAGCUCAGCCAUGGGGAACGCGCAGGAUAAACCCCCCGGUAGCAGCGGAGGAGGAGCGACCCCCAGGCGGGGACAGGAGAACCUGCAGGCUCCCAGAGCUGCUGGAAAGGAGGUGGCAAACGGCGCACCGAGAGAAAAACGCCGAGAAGGAGAGGCAGAGGAGCAGAAGCAGCAGUCGGAAAGCUCAGGAGGGGAUAGGAGUUACCUUGAUGCUCCGGCUGGAGCUUUACCUCCUCACCUGGCCCGGCUGAAGAAUGAAGGAAACCACCUCUUUAAAAAUGGCCAGUUUGGAGACGCGAUAGAGAAGUACUCCCUGGCUAUAGAUGGAUGUUAUGAGGCAGGCAUUGACAGCCCAGAAGAUCUGAGUAUCAUCUACUCCAACAGAGCUGCUUGUUACCUGAAGGAUGGAAAUAGCAGAGACUGCAUACAAGACUGCGACAAGGCUUUAGAGCUGCAGCCUUUCUCCUUAAAGCCCUUGUUGCGCAGAGCCCUAGCCAAUGAGUCACUGGAACGCUACAGGAAGGCCUACGUGGAUUACAAGAUGGUACUGCAGAUCGACAACGGGGUGCAGGCAGCUCAUGACAGCAUCCACAGAAUUACCAAGGCGCUUAUUGAGCAGGACGGGCCUGAAUGGAGAGACAAGCUGCCGGAGAUCCCUGUUGUGCCUCUGUCCGUCCAGCAGCAGCACAGAGAGAAACCAGUCAGCAUUGAGCUGGCCCAGGCGCGAGCCGCCAGGGCUGUACAGGAGGAAG